GCGGGUAGAGCCGGGCGCGCACCGCCGGAGCGCAGGGGCGUCGGUGCCCUUGACCAUGGCGGCGGCCGCGCUCCUGCUGGGCCUGGCGCUCCUGGCGCCGCGGGCGGGCGGCGCGGGCAUGGGCGCGUGCUACGACGGCGCGGGGCGCCCGCAGCGCUGCCUGCCGGUGUUCGAGAACGCGGCGUUCGGCCGGCUGGCGGAAGCCUCGCACACGUGCGGCAGCCCGCCCGAGGACUUCUGCCCGCACGUGGGCGCCCAGGGCGCGGGCACGCAGUGCCAGCGCUGCGACGCCGCCAACCCCAGGCUCCACCACAACGCCUCCUACCUCACCGACUUCCACAGCCAGGACGACAGCACCUGGUGGCAGAGCCCGUCCAUGGCCUUCGGCGUGCAGUACCCCACCUCGGUCAACAUCACCCUCCGCCUGGGGAAAGCUUACGAGAUCACCUAUGUGCGGCUGAAGUUCCACACCAGUCGCCCUGAGAGCUUCGCCAUCUACAAACGCAGCCAUGCUGGGGGCCCCUGGGAGCCCUACCAGUUCUACAGUGCCUCCUGCCAGAAGACCUACGGCCGGCCCGAGGGCCAGUACCUGCGCCCCGGCCAGGACGAGCGCGUGGCCUUCUGCACGUCCGAGUUCAGUGACAUCUCCCCACUGAGCGGGGGGAACGUGGCCUUCUCCACCCUGGAGGGCCGGCCCAGCGCCUACAACUUUGAGGAGAGCCCCAUAUUGCAGGAGUGGGUGACCAGCACUGAGCUCCUCAUCUCCCUAGACCGGCUCAACACGUUCGGGGACGACAUCUUCAAGGACCCCAAGGUGCUGCAGUCCUACUACUACGCCGUGUCGGACUUCUCUGUGGGCGGCAGAUGCAAGUGCAACGGGCACGCCAGCGAGUGUGGCCCCAACGAGGAGGGCCGGCUGGCCUGCCGGUGCCAGCACAACACCACGGGCGCGGACUGCCAGCGCUGCCUGCCCUUCUUCCAGGAUCGCCCGUGGGCCCGGGGCACAGCCGAGGCCGCCAACGAGUGUCUGCCUUGCAACUGCAGUGGCCACUCUGAGGAGUGCACCUUUGACCGGGAGCUCUUCCGUAGCUCGGGCCAUGGUGGGCGCUGCCUCCACUGCCGUGACCACACAGCGGGGCCGCACUGUGAGCGCUGCCAGGAGAAUUUCUAUCGCUGGAACCCAUGGGCGCCAUGCCAGCCGUGUGACUGCCACCCGGCAGGCUCCCUGCGCCUCCAGUGCGAUGACUCGGGCACCUGUGUCUGCAAGCCCACGGUGACAGGCUGGAAGUGUGACCGCUGCCUGUCUGGGUUCCACUCGCUCAGCGAGGGCGGCUGCAGACCCUGUACCUGCAAUCCCGCAGGCAGCCUGGGCACAUGUGACCCCCACAGUGGGCGCUGCCCCUGCAAACAGAAUGUGGAAGGCAACUUAUGUGACAGAUGUCGCCCGGGCACAUUUAAUUUGCAGCCCCAUAACCCAGCCGGCUGCAGCAGCUGCUUCUGCUACGGCCACUCCAAGGUGUGUGCGGCCGCUGCCCAGUUCCGGGCGCACUACAUCCUCUCCAACUUCCGCCAGGGAGCCGAGGGCUGGCGGGCCGGAAGCAUGGGGGACCCAGAGCAUCCUGCACGAUGGAGCCCGAGGGGGCUCUUUCUGAACCCAGACGAGGAGGAGGAGCUCACAGCACCAGAGAAGUUCCUGGGAGACCAGCGGUUCAGCUACAGGCAGCUCCUCACUCUGACCUUCCGGGCCCCUCCCGGGGGCUCCCCGCCCCCCGUGCAGCUGCGGUUGGAAGGGGCACGCCUGGCCCUGACUCUGCAGCCCUCCAGCUCGUCCGGCCCCCAGGAUGCCGGGCAGGUGGGGGAGGUCCAGCUCGGGUUCCAGUUGCAGGAGACCUCCGAAGACGCGGACCCUCCGCUGCCCCCCUUCCACUUCCAGCGGCUGCUCGCCAAUCUGACUGCUCUGCGCAUCGGGGCCAGCGGCCAAAGCCCCAGCCCUUCCGGCCAACUGUUCCUGACUGAGGUCAGGCUCACGUCGGCCCAGCGGGGGACGUCCCCCCCAGCCCCCUGGGUGGAGACUUGCUCAUGUCCCAGGGGGUACACGGGCCAGUUCUGUGAAUCCUGUGCUCCAGGAUACAAGAGGGAGACACCACGGGGGGGUCCCUAUGCCAGCUGUGUUCCCUGCACCUGUAACCAACAUGGCACCUGUGACCCCAACACAGGGAUCUGCCUGUGCGGCCACCACACCGAGGGUCCGUCCUGUGAGCGCUGCUUGCCAGGUUUCUAUGGCAACCCCUUCACAGGCCACGCCGAUGACUGCCAGCCCUGCCCGUGCCCCGGACAGUCGGCCUGCACGACCCUCCCAGAGAACGGGGAGGUGGUGUGUACCCACUGCCCUCCAGGCCAGAGAGGGCGGCGCUGUGAGAUCUGUGAUGAUGGCUUUUUUGGGGACCCUCUGGGGCUCUCUGGGGCCCCAAAGCCCUGCCAGCUGUGUCAGUGCAGUGGGAACGUGGACCCCAAUGCUGUGGGCAACUGUGACCCCCUGUCUGGCCACUGCCUGCAAUGCCUGCACAACACGACAGGUGCCUACUGUGAGCACUGUCAGGAAGGCUUCUACAGUCGAGCGCUGCGUCCUCGGCCCACAGACAAAUGCGUGCCCUGCAGCUGUAACCCAGGGGGCUCGGUCAGUGAACAGCGACCCUGCGACCCAGUGACCGGCCAAUGUUCCUGCCUGCCUCAUGUGACUGGACGGGACUGUGGCCACUGCAGCCCUGGCUUCUACGACCUCCAGCCCGGGAGGGGCUGCCAGAGCUGUAAGUGCCACCCGCUGGGCUCCCAGGGGGACCAGUGCCACCCCAAGACCGGGCAGUGCCCCUGCCGUCCAGGCGUCGAGGGCCAAGCCUGCGACAGAUGCCAGCUGGGUUUCUUCGGCUUCUCCAUCAAGGGCUGCCGAGCCUGCAGGUGCUCCCCACUGGGUGCCGCCUCGGCGCAGUGCCAUGAGAACAGCACGUGCGUGUGCAGGCCCGGCUUUGUGGGCUACAAGUGUGACCGCUGCCAGGACAACUUCUUCCUCACGGCCAGCGGCGCCCGCUGCCAGGAGUGCCCGUCCUGCUACGCCCUGGUGAAGGAGGAGGCUGCCAAGCUGAAGGCCAGGCUGACCUUGAUGGAGGGGUGGCUACAGGGAUCCGACUGUGGCAGGCCCUGGGGACCACUGGACAUUUUGCAGGGAGAAGCCCCAAGGGGGGACGUCUACCAGGGCCACCACCUGCAGCAAGGGGCCCAGGAAGCUUUCCUGGAGCAGGUGGCAGGCCUGGAGGGUGCUGUGAAGGCUGCCCGGGAGCAACUACAGGCACUGAGCCGGAGUGCCGGCUGUGCCCAGGCCGGAGACGAGAAGACCUGCGUCCAGCUGGCAGACCUCGAGGUGGCGCUGGAGUCCUCAGAAGAGGAGAUUCUGCACGCAGCCACCGUCCUUGCGUCUCUGGUGAUUCCUCAGGAAGGGCCCAGCCAGCCUGCCAACUGGAGCCACCUGGCCACAGAGGCCCGUGCCCUCGCCAGGAGUCACAGGGACACCAUGGCCAAGACUGAGGCCACUGCUCGGAGGGCCCUGCUCGCCUCCAACGCCAGUUCUGCACUUCUCUGGAGUCUGGUGGAGGGCAGAACAGCCCUGGAGGCCCAGCGCGACCUGGAGGACAGGUACCAGGAGGCGCAGGCGGCCCAGAAGGCACUGGGCGCGGCUGUGACAGAGGCGCUGCCCGAAGCCGAGAGGGUGCUGGCCGCCGUGCAGCAAGUAGCCGCAGACGCAGCUGUGCACCUGGCCUCACCGGCUGCCCCCGCAGCACUGCCUCAGAAGUCCCAGGCUGGGGCCCUGGCCCUGAAGGCGCAGGACCUGGAGAAGAUGGUCACAUCAAGAGAGCGCGUGGUCACCGAGGCUUCCCAGGCCCUGCAGGCCACCUCCCAGGCCAUGCUGCACGAGACGGAGCCCCUCAUGCAGCUGCACCAGGAAGCCAGAGCCGCCCUGACCCAGGCUUCCUCGUCUGUCCAGGCUGCCACAGUGACGGUCACAGGAGCCAGGACUCUGCUGGCUGACCUGGAAGGAAUGAAGCUGAAGUUUCCUCGGCCCAAGGACCAGGCCACGAUGAGGAGGAAGGCAGGCAUCAUCCAGGACAGGCUCCUGGCAGACUCAAAAAAGAAGACCAAGCAGGCGGAGAAGAUGCUGGGAAACGCAGCCUCUCUCUCCUCCAGUGCCAAGAAGAAGGGCAGGGAAGCCGAGCUGUUGGCCAAGGACAGUGCCAAGCUCGCCAAGGCCUUGCUGAGGGAGGGGAGGCAGGGGCACCGCCGUGUUGGCCGGCUCUCCAGCCAGACGCAGGUGACACUCCGACAGGCCUCCCGGCAGAUGCUGGCCUCAGAAGCACGCAGGCAGGAGCUGGAGGCAGCGGAGCGGGUGGAUGCCGGGCUGAGUGAGAUGGAGCGGCAGCUCCGGAAAUCACGCACCUCCCUGGAGAAGGACAUCAAAGCCUUGUCGGAGCUGCUGGCCAGGCUGGGGUCACUGGACACCCAUCGAACCCCAGCCUGGGCCCUGAAUGAGACCCAGAGGGCACUGGAGCACCUGAGGCUGCGGCUAGGCCCACCGGGGGCCCUGCAGGGGAAACUGAGGCUCUUGGAGCAGGAGUCGGAGCAGCAGGAGCUGCAGAUCCAGAGCUUUGAGAGCGACCUUGCGGAGAUCCGCGCUGACAAGCGGAAUUUGGAGGCCAUUCUGCACAGCCUGCCCGAGAGCUGUGCCAGCUGGCAGUGAGGGCUGCCCGGACCCCGCUGUGCCCCCGGCCCAGGGCAGCAUAUACCCCCAGAGGUGUGCCACACAAGUGCACUCACCAGAGCCUGCUGCCACACACCCGCACACUCACAUGCCUUUCCCAGUCUGUGCCCACAUCCCCUCCACACUGGCAGGAGUGAGUGUGCAAUCACAGCUCACCCAGGCGGCUACUGUGUGCGCUCCCACCCCACACACACAUAAAUGUGCACUCCCCAGGGUCAGCAACAUGUACACGCAUGCACAGGCACAAGUUACGGACAUGUGCCUGUGUGUGUGGUACACAUCUGUACAAGUCCCUUCAUGCACGCACAUGGAAGCAAAACCAUUUCUCAAGGGACCACUGUGUGUUGCACCCUCUCCGGAUGCAGGGGGCGUAUGAUCUGUUAAAUAACCUUAUGCCACUAACAGACCCACUUGCUCCUGAAAGCAGAGACCCAGGCAGGGUUGGUACCUGGGAGGCUGAAUGGGGCCAUCUGCAGAGAUCCAGGGUGGAUUCAACAAGAACCAGAGCCCCCAGUUCCAGAUCUGCCCUCAGUCCUGCAGCUCCCAGACCUGUCUGUCACCCACCACAAACACAGCAGCUCUGCACAGCUGAGGGACCAGGCAGGUCAAAAGACACAAGAUCCUGGUGGGGAUUGGCAGGAGGGAUCUCAGCAGAAAAAUGCAAGGCUCAGGACUCCUGGGGCCACAGUGCAGCCUGCUAGGCUGGCGGGGGCAUGGCCCCCUGCUGCAGGGUUGUCACUGGCUUCAUGGAAGACUCGAACCUCAGGAUCCUGGGACUCAGCCAGACUCACUGAAGGCAUUGUCUGCCCUGGGCCCAGGGCUCCUUUCAACCUAGAACCUGUCCAAAAAGCCAGGCCUCGUGGCCCAAGGGGACAUAGGUCAGGGGGCUCAGAAAGGUCACUUGGAUCUUCCCUUUGUGACCCUGCCAACCCUGGUUAGCCUUUGACCGAUUGACACUUCCCAAACUGGCUCUGCAGCCCUGUGGCCCCACCUGCCAAGAGGGAGGCCCCUGCUGGGCAUGAAUGCCUGGCUGCCUUUCUAGUCUGUCAUGCUGGGGAAUCCCCUGUGGCCAGGCCCCCGCUGGCCCCUGCCCAGGAUCCCCCAGCAGCUCCUCCUGGCCCACCUCCCCUUUCCUGGGCCCUCUUCCAGCAGACAGCAGGACCUUGGCACUGGGAGGAUGGGCGCCCCUAGGAGCCCAGCGCCUUCCUACCAGUCUUCCUGUCCCUACCAGGAGGGACAGGCAGCAGCACAGACCAAUUCUGUUUAACGUGGAAAUAAAGGACCCCAUUUACUA